AUGGAGCUCCAUAAGAGGAUUAUGAUCUACAAGCUGGGUUCCUUGCCCCCUUCUUGCUCGUUUUGCAGGGGAGGUUGCGUCGGUGGAUCACCGGUGGACCCAACACGGACUGGGAGGGGACUUCCUGUGAGCUUGUUGCAAGGUUUUGCAUCCGGGUCCGGUGAGCUUGUUGCUUUGGAGCGGGAAGGGGAAGCCGUGGGCGAGGAUCGAUUCGGGCCAGUCGUGGUUGUUGUAGAAGAAGCACUAGAUUUGGAAAAGGAAAGCCACAACUGA